UGAAUCGUCUCAACAUGGAGAAAGUCGACAUAGCUUGCUUAGCCUCGUUACUAUAGUUAUAAGAGCUCUUAGAAGUUGACACCUACCCCUUUCUGGCUAAGUCUCGAUUGGGCAAACCUUUAGGCACAAUGCUGUAGUCCGUCUGGUACAGAGCAUACAAUAUAGAUAGCCAUGGCGAGCCGCCGCGUUCGGCGCCAUGCGAUGGGCGUCAGCAAUUUGUCCAGCCAUGAUGACGAUGCAUCGACGGGGAGGAACACCGUCUCGCUCAUCCAUGCGGACCGGUUGGUCAAAGUGGCCCACCGCGACAGGCCCACCGAGCCCGCUGCUCGUGAAACCCGCGUGGAGGACCGCCCCACCGUGUACAAGGUGCAUGACAAGCUCUUCAGGACCUUCCGAGAGCCCUACGUCCACAAGGUGCUCCGCAGCUGCUGCCCCGACAGCUCCGGGCUGCUCACUCCCGAGCAGCUGGCGGGGGCGCUGGAGCGGCUGCAUGUGGGGCUGCAGCCGGGGGAGGCCAGCAGGCUGAUCGCCAGGGUGGCGCCGCAGGGGGAGAAGGUGCACUACAUUGACUUCCUGCGUUCGCUGGAGGUGCCUCAGCCGCUGGGCGGGGAGGCGGUGGCGCUGGCCCGUGGCAGCAGCAUACCCGGGCCCCCCACGGUGCGGCCGGGGGGCGGGGGACAUGGAGCGGGGGAUGUCGUACUGCGUGGCGGCAGCACUGGCGGCAGCGGCAGUGGCGAGGGUAGCGUGGGAGAUGCUGGCAGCAGCGGACGGUCGUACUGGAACUGGCGGCGGUAUCCUUCACAGCGCCUGGUCCCCGGGUUGCUGCCGGCCUCCGCCUCCGCGGGCGAUCCCCAGCACCCCCAGCAGCGGCAGCAGCAGGCGCACAGCGACGCGCUGGUGACCUCGCUGUUGGUGGGGCGGGUGGCGGGUGGGCGGCCGGAGAAGAUGCGGGCGGUGUUCCGGAGGCUGGAUGCGGACCGGGACUCGAGGAUCAGCAAGGAGGAGUUCGCCAGGGGGAUCGCGAUGUUGGGUCUGGACGUGCCUCGCGACCAGGCAGACCGCCUCUUCGACCUCUCUGACCUGGACGGAGACGGCCGACUGGACUAUUCGGAAUUCGUGGCGCGAUUCGAGGAGCAGGGCGGCAGGCGGCAGAGGCAGCCGAGGGCGGAGGUGGAGGCCAGGAAAAAGGAGGGAGCACAGCGGUUGCAACCCCUAGACAGCAUGCGACAUGAGGAGGGCCCGCAGCCGCAGCAGCAAGUACCUGAGGAGGUGGCGGAGGGCGCGCUGCGCAGUCCUCUGGUGUACGAUCUGGCUCGCAGCAUGUACGGCAGGGGCGCUGCGGGCGCUGCUGCGGUGUUCCAGCGCUACGACGGCACCCGCAGCGGGCGGCUGGGGCUGUCGGAGCUGACCCGGGGCUGCCAGGACCUGGUGCCGGGCAUCACCGAGCGCCACGUAGCUGCCCUGGUCUCUGCCCUGGAGCAGCCAAUCACCGCCACAACCACCACCCGCGCCUCGCCAACGGCGAAGAAUCCCGCGGAGGCCACCACCACCGGCGCUAACAACAGCGGCAGCGCUUCCGCAACCGCAGCAGCAGCGGUAACCGACUACCGCGCCUUUGUGGGCAACCUGCUAGAAAGCGGCCUGGCGCAGCACCCAAGACUCAGCAACAACAACCCCGCGUCGUCGCUUGGAACGACUCGUGGGUCACGGCAGCACCCCACGCGGCUGCUGCAUAGCGCGCCCUCGCCUGGGGAGGCGGGCAGCGCCCUCACGCGGACGUGGCUGGGGCCUGAGGACCUCCCCUUCCCACCGCCCGGACGCUGCCUCUCCGCCGUCGACCGCUCCUGCUCCACCUCCGCCUCCGCCGCCUCGUCUCCCCGAGGCCCUCAGCCCGCCGCCGCCACUGCUACCUCCCCCCCAGCCUUGAAUGCCGUAUCCCAGGACCGUACGGCACUGUACCGCCUACAUGAAGUCGCCAUCACACCCUUCCUGGAGGCCCUGCAACGCUCCGCCGCUACUGCCGCUCCUGCUACCGGUAACACCGCAGCGUCCGGAAGCGACAUUGCUACUGCUGGUGCUACUGCUACUGCGGGUAGCGGGUUGUUACCGUUGGUGAGUGUGCGUAGCGUGGACCUGGGUUCGCUGGAUCGCUCUACCAAGCGUUCGGACUCCAUGGUACGACAGCAGCAGCAGCAGGAGGAGGAGCAGCGCCGGCAAGCGGAGACAGGCAUGGCUGCUGCGGCUACUGCUGGGGCUAGGACGGCUCGCGCCAGCAGUGGCCGGCCGGCAGCGCAUGCGCCGGCACAUGCAACCGGGCGGUGUGGUCGCUUCUGGCAGCAGCGUUACGCCGACACCAGUAGCAUCACCUCGGCGCCCGCCGCCUCCGCCGCCGCGCCGCCGGCGGAGGGCACGUUUGUUCGGAAGAGCGGCGGCGGCGGCGGAGCUGACUUCCUGCGGUUCCAGGCUGAGGAUCGUGAGCAUGAGAACAGGAGGCGGCAGCAGCUGGUUCAGCGCUACCGCGCACGUGCCGAGGCGGAGGCUCGCUACUCGGCUGCGGACGACGCCAGCGGGGCCGACCAGGGGAGGCUGGCGGUGGCACGGGCGGCGCGGCAGAGGUACGAGGAGCGCAAUGAGAUGUACGACCGCAUCCGUCAGACGACCGCACUCGAGGGCGCCAGUCUGUUCAGUCGUCCGCCCGCCUUCCACGAGCAUCAGCUGGAGGGGCAGAACACGCCCACGCGCUACUACUGGUAGGCGGCGGAACCCAGCCGACCCGAACCACAUCUUCCUGCCGUGUUGGCUUUGCUGUUCUCUUCGCCCGCGCCGUGAGGCGGCUAGGGCGGUGGCGGCGUACUGCUACCGGUAGCCCUGCUUACGGCACAGGGACGGAUUGGGAAACCUUGUUGAAGCGUGCUUGUGAAAUGAAUGGAGGUCGUUAGGUGGGUCAUAGCUGCAGGACUGCGAGUAGAACGGGGCAAAAGCAGGGAGCUAAAACGGUGGGCAAUGGGGGCAUCAGGGGUGCUUCGGGCGAGCUGCGAGCAGUAGCAAUGCGGGAAAGCCUGGUUUUGGAGGUACUGGGUUACGUCAUCGUGCGUCCUAGUGGGUGUUUGGAUGUCCUCAUGAGGUUCAAUAGGGGUCGAAGUGUUCUUAAAAUAAAAGGUUGAAUUCUGUCCCGUAAGAAAAUGGCGGCAGCUAUCUAGCGAGCCGCCCCUCGUGCCUAUCUGCUGCUGCGGGUGGACCGCUGCCAGCGUGUGUGUCAGCGCUGACAGCCGGCGCCCGCAGCAGCAGAGUGCUGCCCAGUCGGCAGAGGCGCCCACACACACACAAAAUGACACAUCAUGCACGCGCCGGUACCGCAUGUACCCUAACGCACCCAGCAAGAGCUGCUAGGCAUGCACCCUUCUAUCAUCCUUACAACGAACGGGUGCAGUGUGUGGUCAGUGGGUGGGUUUUGUGAAAAGCACGCAGGGGUGGAGCAGAUGUGCUUUUGCGCCGAGACAUGUCCCGCCGGCGCCGCACUCCGUUCUGUUUGUCGUUGUGAGCCCUUUCAGGGUUGACAGGAAGCCUCUCGGGCUGUGGAGUAGAGGUGGUGUUUGAGCCAGGGUGCUCUAGUUGCAGAGGUGUCAUACUGCCCUUCUUAUUUGGCAGGAUGGUAGUGGGCACGGGAAUUGUUUGAAGACGCGGCAUGUCGGGCGGGAAGUGGACUGUCUUGAGGCAGCAUUUUGUAAGGAAUGCCAUGCACGGUAGCCCACGUCCCCGCAUGCCUGCAAGUACGGCCUGUGCUUGGUAGACGCGCGGGGCUAGGGGCUGUCAGGGAUAAGCCGUGCUGGGUGGGUUGUGAAGGAGGAAGAAGAGGCGGAUAGGGGAGGUGCUGCAGGCGUGUUAAUCUUGCUGUUAAUGCCGUUAUUAGGCUUUGCACACAGCUGUUGGAGUGUUGAGGUCGAAGUGUGGUGGCACUGACAACCAGACGUGAUAGGUGCAUGUGGCAUGCAGGAAUGGCAGGGACGGUAGCGAGCAUCCAACACUGGCUCCUCGUGUUUCAUACCAAGACGCGGUUAGCGGUUUACGUAGCGAUAAUGGAAGGAAUGCUGGUUGCCCUAGGAGGAAGUGUGCCUUGGGUUGGCGGGGGCAGCAGCAGCAGGGUGGCUGGGUGUUUUGUGAAGCAACGUAGGUGCAGGGUGCGUUUGCGUCUGCUGGUUGGGGGCGGAGGGCUGCAUUGCAGGACACAAGUGGGCAUGUGGCAGUGAGUGGAGUGAAUCGAUGUCGGUUGGAGACCGCGGUUGUGAGGGGGCUUCUGAAGGAUGGACUAUCGAUAGCACGGUGACUGUGCCUGGUUUGAGGCAGGGCGUCUGGGCUUUCUCUUGAACGGGUGUGACCCUGGUUUGCGACGACAACUUUGUGGGGUGAGGUGAGGCGGCUGCCAGUCGGGUGUAGCCUUGCUUGGUCGUAUUUGUGACGGCUUGAAGAGCGGUUAGGCUUCCAACAUGGGAAGUUGGAAUAACUCUUGACAUCGACAGGGCGGGCCUAAGGGACGCCAGCAUUUACAGCGCCGGUGUGUCAUUGAUUGGUGUGUUGGAGGCGUGCCGUACGAACGCCCCUGAGAAAGGGGCAGUACCCGUGACGCCGCUCGGGGCUUUUACUGGAAUGCAUGAUAGGGUCGUUGGCGUGGCUCGGACCAUGACUGACUGUUUGCAUGCACCAUUGCAGCAUGCGUGCACGCAUGCUAUUCGUAUGUAACAAUGCAACAGCUGG